AUGACUGCCAUAUUUAUUCAGAAUAGUGAUUGGUCUCCUUGUUGCUGGCGAAACAUGUUCUCUUGCAUAAACCUCCUGCGAAUCUUGAACAUGCUGACAAAAUGGAAGCAUUCGCGAACUCUCAUGCUGGUGGUAUUCAAAUCUUCACCAAUUCUUAAGCGAGCACUUAGAGUUCGUUUGGCCAUGCUCCAGCUCUACGUGCUAAAACUCCUGAAGCUUCAAAGUCGUUACUUUGGACGUCAGUGGCGCAAAAACAACAUGUCUGUCAUGUCGGCAAUUUAUCAGAAAGUUCGGCAUCGCCUUACUGAUGAUUGGGCCUACGGAAAUGAGAUUGACACUCGCCCUUGGGAAUCCCAAGUUGAAGAAUCCACCCUUCGUUCUUGCAUCGAUCAAUUCCAUCAGCGUCGCUACUACGGCGACUGCCUGGAGGCAGAUUUUCAACCUGUGGAUAAUCAUCUUUCCUCCGUAUUGAAUAAACCAAUGGAGCUACCAGAGGGGUUCAAGAGGAACUAUGAGAGGUGGCUGGAGGAGGAGGUCUUUUCCAUACCUAUUAAUUGGGAUCGCGUCAUUCUCAAUGACCCGAUAACAAACCCAGUGUGA